AUGGCUUCUAAGGGUGGAUACGAGCACACAGCAGCCGAUGAUGAGUUGCUCACCAAUGCCCUUCUUGAAGAAUCUUCGCAGGGCGAGGGUGACGAUGAGACCGAUGCUUCUUCAACCGACACAGAGCAGGAGGGUGAGCAAAGCCCAGACCAUCAGGAGAGCAAAGACAAGGACGCCGACGACAAGAAUGAUGACGGCGAGGGUUCAACAGCAGUUCUCAGUCAGGCGGCUGGGAGUUCUUCUACCGAGCCUUCGGUGGAGGUGAGCAAGGACAUGCUGAUGAAGCACAUCAUCAACAUUAUGAAGGAUGCCAAGACCAAGGAGGACUACGAGGAAGCCCAGAAGAAGCUUACAAUCCUCACGAAGACCGCCUACGACGCCAUGAUGAAAACCAAAGCCACCAUCAGAGCCAUUGAGAAGGAUGAGAAGAAGAAACUUUCAAAGGACAAGAAGGAAAAGGACAGAAAGAAGGCAGCAGAGGAGCACCGUGAGUUGCUCGCCUCACCCGUUAAUGUCAAUGUGGCGAUUGGUUCCGAGGUCUUCAUCGUCACGCUUACGAAUGAGGACACGGUGGGUGAGUUGAGGAAGCGUGUCAUCAAGAUUUUGCGAGACUUGAACCGCAAGACCAACGUAAAGGGCAAGAUUUCCACUUCGGACGUGAUUUUGCUGAUGGGUGACGUGUGUCUGACAGAGGCACCGAGAAAGACGCUUCUGAAAGCUGCUGUGAAAGAUGGCGCGAAGGUGAUUGCAAAGCCUACCAUCAGGGGAGGAGGAAAGAGAGCCACGUCUGGGUCUGCCAAGGUUCCCUUUGACGACAAGGUCUCUGAGCUUCGCGAGGAAAUCAAUCUACACUUGAUGAUGUUGAAGAUUGCCCCGACGCCCUUGACUGCGGAGGCUACCAAGUUGAUUGAGGCGAUGUUGAAGAAGGUUCUUACCAACCCCGACGAAUUGGAUAACAUCCUGAAAGCCAACACGAUUGAGAACUUGAAGCGUGUCCAGUCCUUGACCUCAGCGAGCAACCUUGACAGUAAGGUUGGUGGCAUUUCAAAGGUGCUCUUUGACGGCAUCUACAACCGCCUCUUGGAGAACCAGAAGCAAAUCUUGACAACCGAGAAGGCUUUGAAAGCCUUGUUUCAUUUGAGUGCUGUCAUGAAGUAUUCCUCUUGCGAGUUGCCUGUCAUCCAGUGGGGUCUGAUGGGCUCAGAUGUCGUUGAGUUGAUUGCAACCAAGUCCCGCGAAGCGGGAACACGAAACAUGGAAGUGUGA